UCUCGAGAAUUCUGCCACAACCUCGGAGUUGCACCGUUUGACUGCUUCGGGUUCCCGUAGCUCCGCGCUCUGAGAUCUGAGGGUAGUGCUUCCGGGCCGCAGCCUAGGACGCCUCCGCGGCGGUGCCUGGGCAGCAUGGCCGUAUUCCGCUCUGGCCUCCUGGUGCUGACAACGCCGCUGGCCACCCUGGCCCCACGCCUGCCGCCCAUUCUGACCUCGGCGGCCCGCCUGGUCAAUCACACCCUCUAUGUGCACCUGCAACCGGGCAUGGACCUGGGGGGCCCCGCCCAGCCCCAGGCCAGCCCUGUGCAGGCCACUUUUGAAGUUCUGGAUUUCAUCACGCACCUCUACAGCGGCGCCGACCUGCUCAGGCACCUGGACGUCAGAAUUCUACUGACCAAUAUCCAGACCAAGAGCAGUUUCCUCCCUGUUCUGCCCUCGGUCCAGAAUCUGGCCCACCCUCCAGAAGUAAUACUUACGGACUUCCAGACCCUGGAUGGGAGCCAGUACAACCCUGUUAAACAACAGCUAGAGCGCUAUGCCACCAGUUGUUACAGCUGCAGUUCGCAGUUGUCCUCUAUCUUGCUGUACCCGGAUUAUGGAACUGGAGAGCUGCCUGUGGAGUCCCCGGAUGUCCCCUUACCCUCCACCAUAAGGCCAGCUUCCCCGGUUGCCAGAUCUCCAAAGCAGCCUGUGCGUGGCUACCACCGUGGGGCCGUGGGUGGCACUUUUGACCGCUUGCACAAUGCCCACAAAGUGUUGCUCAGUGUUGCAUGUGUACUGGCCCAGGAGCAGCUUGUGGUGGGAGUAGCAGACAAAGAUCUGUUGAAGAGCAAGGUACUCCCUGAGCUGCUCCAGCCUUAUGCAGAGCGUGUGGACCAUCUGAGUGAGUUCCUGGUGGACGUCAAGCCCUCCCUGACUUUUGAUAUCGUCCCCCUGCUGGACCCUUAUGGGCCUGCUGGGUCUGACCCCACCUUGGAGUUCCUGGUGGUCAGCGAGGAGACCUACCGUGGGGGGAUGGCCGUCAACCGCUUCCGCCUUGAGAAUGGCAAGGAGGAACUUGCCUUAUACCAGAUCCAGCUGCUGAAGGACCAAAGUCACAGUGAAAACGAAGAGGAUAAGGUCAGCUCCUCCAGCUUCCGGCAGCGGAUUCUGGGAAACCUGCUUCAGGCUCCAAACCAGAGGCCAGAGAUCCCGUCAGGGCUCUAUGUGCUCGGGCUGACGGGCAUCAGCGGCUCUGGGAAAAGCUCAGUAGCCCAGCGGUUGAAGAAACUGGGUGCAUAUGUCAUUGACAGUGACCAUCUGGGCCAUCGGGCCUAUGCUCCUGGGGGCCCUGCCUACCAGCCUGUGGUGGAGGCCUUUGGAACAGAUAUUCUCCAUAAAGAUGGCACCAUCAAUAGGAAGAUCCUGGGCAGCCGGGUGUUCGGCAACAAGAAGCAGCUGAAGAUCCUCACAGAUAUUAUGUGGCCAGUUAUCGCGAAGCUGGCUCGAGAAGAGAUGGAUUUGGCUGUGGCUCAGGGAAAGACGGUAUGUGUGAUUGAUGCCGCCAUGCUGCUGGAAGCCGGCUGGCAGAAUAUGGUACACGAGGUGUGGACCAUUGUCAUCCCCGAGACCGAGGCUGUACGACGCAUUGUAGAGAGGGAUGGACUGAGCGAAGAAGCUGCUCAAAGCCGGCUGCAGAGCCAGAUGAGCGGGCAGCAGCUGGUGGAGCAGAGCCAUGUGGUUCUGAGCACCUUGUGGGACCCACGUGUCACGCAGCGACAGGUGGAAAAAGCCUGGACUCUUCUACAGAAGCGCCUCCCUAAGACCCAUCAGACCAAGAACUGACAGCGAAUUUUCUGUGGCACCAAACUGCCCCCCCCCCCAGACUAACAUCCAGUGGUGAGGAGGAGUGGGGGCCUCCAUGUUCGCCCUAUGGCAGGCUUAAGAGGCUUCUAGCUUAGCUGUGCAGGACACAGAGAGAAGCCUGGAAGUCUGCCUAGAUGCUGGAAUUUGGCCAGCAGGACAUAGCUAAAUGGGGGAGCAGUCCCCUCUAGGGUUCUGUUCCCUCUUCAGUGGCGGAUGUGUGAUGUCUGCCCACUGUUGAUGGGUCGUGCUGAAACACUGGACCCAGUCACCGAAUUAAAGCUGUUUCCAAUGC